UACACUGGUCCAUAUAGGGAACACAAGCUCAAGUUUGGGCGCGCGACGACAGCGCGCGCUGCUGCUCUAGCGGGCGAGCCGUGCGAAACUGGGGAUAGAUGGCGCCCGCGCAGCUGCAGGCGGCCACUGCACGUUCGCGCCCGCGCUAUUCAGUCGAUACGAGGCACUGGGGCGUCGCGCCAUUAGUUGGGUACGUUGUCAAAAGGCUUGUUGCGCGAAGUUGCGUUUCCACAAUGGCAAAAGUAGCCCCGCCGAAGCGAAAGCGCGGUCCGAAGUACUGCUGUGUCGUGGACUGCCACAACAGUGCAGACAACACCAAGGAACGCGCUGAUCCUGUGAAACUGUAUCGAUUCCCGGGCAGGUCGUAUGAGAAAGAAAGGCGACAAGCGUGGAUCACCGCCGUAAGGAGAAUCAAUCCCGAUGGAACUUCAUGGUUCCCCAAAGAGCAUACACGAAUUUGCAGCACUCAUUUCGUGGGCAACUGCAAGGGCGACAUUAAACAGCACCCAUCCUACAUCCCGUCCAUUUUUCCGCCUGUCUGCAGAAAAAAGGCACCUGACAGGAACAGGGCGCAAAGGUGGCAAACACGUUUCGACAGGGCAGUGUCAUCUCGGAAGCUUCAUGCAGGAGAUGAGGAUCCAUCCCAAAGCACAGCCGAUGGAGCAACAAUGCAGGUUUCAGAAACCUCCAUUCUGGAUGAUGUGCCUCCUAUAACGGAUUUUAGUGAUGCAUCUGUGGAAACAUGCUCAGCUAGUCCUUCGCAUAACGGCAUCGCUGAUUCAGAUCCGUUGGUACAUGAUGCAGCAGAAGAAAGUAAUUGUGCUCGAAGGAAAGACGCUGUAAGGACACAUUUGAUUUUAAUACUUGUCUUCGAGCUACUUAAUGAAGCACCAAAAAGAUGUCUAAAUACCCCAACAAUGUCUGUGUCCCAUUCUUUCAGACAUGCCAAACAGAGGAACUCACGACUCCAGCAAGGCUGUCUAUACUUCUCUCAGCGACAAAUGGAACGGAGGCGUCUGCUCAAGUUGUGCACACAGAAAUGAGUCACAAGGUUGCAAGCACGGAUGGGAAUUGGAAGCGAGACUGGAUUUCGGGGCUUUGAGUCUCUAAAGGAAAAGCAAGAGGCACUGCAAGAUUUGUGUGGUGUGACCCUGCAAAUCUUCUGCCUUCUUUUGAACAUGU